UGAGAAACAUUGUGUUUUCGAAGAUUAAAAAGCACAUAAGGUAAACAAUUAAAAUUGAAUCAGAACAAAGCCAAAAAUACUACAAGUUUUUAUCUGUAUCUCUAAUUUUAUUUUUUAUAAAGUCCGCGCCUUUUAUUAUGUAAUUAAAUUUUGAAAUGAAAACAAACUAAAAAGUGUUUGAUGAAAAUUCUGUGAAUUAAAUACUUUUUUGUACGCAUGUGAAGUGGUUUUGUGACAAUUUUGAAAAGGAAUAAUAAAUAACAAAUGAAGUUGAAGUGACUACCGGAAAACGGAAGGACGCAGGUGCAGGAUGUCGGAGUUGCGCGCGCAAGAUACUUUGGCAUUAUCCGCCAAAGCGGUGCAACAAACAGACGAUGGUCAGUGUGCAACAAGAAGCCGGCCCGUUAGCUUGUACGAUAAUUAUAAGGAUGGACCAACAAUGGCGCCUUGCGUGACUUCUGCGAUGAGCGUCGGCAACUUGAGCCAAGUUCGUGACGAGGAUGACCCGGCAGCAAUGCAGGAAGGGAACAACAACAAUAACAACAAAAUUGACUAUGGGACUAGCCGGGUCAGCAGUGCCGUCAGUGCCGGCAAUAUUUCAAAAAUUCAAAGCCCAAAAGUUAAAGGAGCAGUUUCUACAGGUAAUAUCGGAAAAAUUUUCCGAUCAGAAAAAGAAAAGGAAUUGGGAAGAGCACCAUCCAUGGCAAAUUGCUUGUCAACGACAGUCCCUGUCAAUUUGGCAGCGUCCCAAAUAGCUGGCAGACAUACCCCCACCAGAAAUUCUCUUAGACACAGCCGUAUGAUUGUGAUGCACCGAACUGGCAAUAUACCAAGAAAGUCGCAGCCGCCUCUUCUUCGACAUCGACGUUUAGCAAGGUCACUGGCAACAAUGCAAAUGAUUUUUGGUAUAGCAGUAACUUCCUUCUCAUUGUUCCUCUUACUAUGGGCACCCAGCUUAUCAGUUUUUGACAAUCCUUAUUGGAGCGGCAUACCUCUUUUGAUUUCUGGAAGUUUUGGAAUAUGUCUCCUGUGUUGCUUCAAGAAAGAAUACCCAAGAAUGGGACCUGGCAUAUGUCUUUCUGCAACGAAGGUUAUAAGUGCUUUUUUUGCUGCUGUGGCGUGCGUAUCAUGCAUAGUUGCCUGCAUUGCCUCAACAAUGCAUCUGGUGCGCCUGACAGGGUUGGAAUGCACUUCUUCCAGUUUUGCAAGGCCAGGAACUUGCGUUUGCAGACCUCGUGGAAACUCUACGCUUGACAUGGAUCCAACCCUUAGAUAUUCAGACCUUGACUGUUCAGAAGUUCAAAAUAUUCUCACAAUUAUUUUAAUUUUCUCCGCUUCCCUCAACGGUCUCGGUAUCAUAGUUGCUGGAUUAUAUUGUUACCUUCACUGGAGUACUCGAGAGAAAAGACCGCAUUAUUUUCAAGUUAGAACCAAUCAAUCUAGGCCUAUCUAUAAUCCGAAUCUUAGUGGCCGAUGACCUCGGGGGUUUCCGUCGAGAUGUCGACGGAAGUUUGCCCUCUUCGACGUCUAUGUUUAAUAACAAAUUUUAAUUUCCCGUUUCUCGAAAUCUACGUUCUUAAAAAUAAAUCUCGGGAAAAAUGAUUAAUAACAUUAUUAUCGUAACAGAUUUUUACAAUCCUGAUGGAUCUGUUGUCAAUGGGUUUUCCUAGAAAUUUUUUAAGUACAAUUUGUCACACAUUCCUCGGUCGUAUUUUGUUAGGCAAUACCAAAUUUUAUUCGAUUACAAAUAUUUUAAUUACAGUCUGAAAAUUAAUUGAAAUCGUACAAAAAAACCCCAAGAGUCUCGUGCUUCAAUUUUUCCAGCAAUAGAAUUUGGUAAAUUAAAAGGAGACAGGAAGAAUUUAAAUCUUACUUUAUUGUCCACAGUAAUUUUAAGUUACCACUUUUUUUUAACUUUAGACGUGACAAAUUUCUAUGUUUGUCACAUCAGAAUAAUGUCACUGGUUCACUAAAACGGGUCUCAAUUGCAAAUCAAAGUAGCUUGUGCCGGAUGUUCGAAUUUGUUUAAUUUAAUUUAUUCCAAAUUUUAUGUAACUCAAAAGUUGCACUCGUUAAUCUUACAAUGCUCAUUCUUUAUAGCAGUAUCGCUCUUUUACCCAUUUUAUGUCCUUUAAUUAAAAAAUAUAAAUACUGUUUUGUAUUUAAAAUUUUAUCUGUAAAUUUGAACUAAUAUUAAAUUACAAUUAAAUCGUUAUUCGAACAUCCGAUAGCAUUGUUACAAUAAAGCAAGACGUUCAGUAUUCCUAGAUUUAAUAUGUGUGAUUGAGGAGAGUGAAUUUCCGCAAGUGUGUAUACUUCAAAUUUUAAUAUCCAAGAUUUACAAACUUUGAGAGGGGCAAUUAUAAUUAUAUAAAAUGUCUGAACCAAAACUGGACGUAUUUUUCAUAUAUAACAAAAAAAUGAAAAAAAUAAUAAAAAUGUUGCUGUUGUUUAAACUUGAACAAUUUCUGUAAUAAGCCCCUCAGAUUUACGAUUAUAGUACAUUUCAAUGAUAAGACUUGAAAGUUUGAUGGUUGUGAGAGAAUAAUACGAAUGUACCUUUCAUAAUAAUUAAUUCUGCGUUAUCUGGAGAAUAAAGAUUGCUCACUAGUUUAUAUAAAUACAAUAAUAAAUAAAUCUUUUUUUUAUAAAACUUUUACACAAUACCUACGAAUAUAUUGUAGAUCUAACAAUAAAUAUUAUUUAAAAAAAUAAAGUUUACAACUAUUUUUUAUACAUUAGGACCUUCUAAAUGUAAGUAUAAAAAAUGUUUAGAACUUAUUUUAUUCUUCAGAUUUAUGUCCGCAAAUGGUUGGAUAUAAUAUAUAGUAAGUCAUGUGAUUAUACAAUGUGUAUUAAUAUAACGAACAAUUUUCAAGUGUAUAGUUUUAAAAUUAUAGAACAAACGAGUAUUUUAAAAAAGCUUCUGCGUGAGUAUGUUUCCAUUCAUCUUGUGUGUACUCCAAUAAAUCUACACAUUUAUACAA